GGUAAAAGGCUUAUCCAUUUCCUGUUAUUAUUUUUUAAUGUCAAAAAUUAACUCUGAAGUGCCAUAAAAGUUACGAAUCGAAACAUUUUUCUUAUUCACGUUAGUUGUAUAUACGUUCUUAUGGUAUAUUUUUUUCCAACAAAGUUUUCGUGUAUUCUCUAAAAAUACUUACUCUGUUUUCCAUAGACAAUUUCUCCUUCUAUCACCUAACUCUUAGUUUUUUGUAUAUAGUUUGCUUUUGGCGAUUAUAAAUCAUUGGGCAAUUUUUACAUGUAGCUACACAGAAUUACAUACAACAAAACUAUGAAAUGCAGUAAUAGCAUAUCAUAGAAUCAAAUUUGACUUACACUAUUAUUAUUAACUUAUGGAUAUUUCUAAGCAGUACGCCAUUUCUAGCACAGAGUGGAUUACAGCAUUAGCUGAAAAAUUAGAUUUUCCCCCAUUAUCUGAUGUAUUACUGUGUAAACUGGGGGAAGAUAUAUCCUACAGGUUACGCGAAAUACUACAUAAAUGUGCUCUGAGACUACGUCACAGUAAGAGAAGGUAUUUAAAAUCAGUUGAUAUCAAUGCUGUAUUCAGAAAUCUUUGUGAUGUUAACUUAUCACUUGGAGCAUCAGAAAGUCUGCCAGACUACUUUCCAGAAGUGCAUUUCUUUCCUGCACAAAAUCAUAUGGUUGAUAUAUUGAAAAAAGUUUAUAAUCCACCAUGUUUACCUCAAUUAACUGCCCCAUUGUUUCAAGAAGCAGAAGUAUUGGAUACUAGAUUUUUAGAAGAAACAAGUAACUAUAUUGAAAAAGUGUUGAAAACUAUAUUUAAUGGAUCUCAAAAAACAUUUGAGGUUCUUCUUAGUAAUUAUUCUACUAAUAAUUUUCUUACUAAAGGAGUAGUCGAUAAAUUGAUGUUGAUAGCUAGAUCCAUGCUCAUAUCUCAUAAUGCACAAUAUACAAAAGUUUCCAUGCGCACCUGUCAGUUAAUAAUGGCACUUACCAACGAUAGCAAAGCAGUGUAUCCCCAUCAGCUUGAUUCAGUAGAAAAAUUAACUGAAUUAUUACUGGAACUUCUUCUUGGUCAAGGUUUUAUCAAUCCACGCUUAGAAUGUUUAUUUAAGAACUGUGUGCUCAAACUAAUGUUAAGAUGGCCAGUUAUAACUUACAAAUUUAUUGUGAUGUUAAAAAAAGUUCUUAUAAUAAAUGAUGAACGACGUCUCACAAAUGAGAAGAAAGCAAUAGCGUUAGAAAUAUUGAUUAGUGUCGAGCCCUUGAUAUUUUUCAACGAAUCCAUAGCAUCACCACUACAUUUGACUAGUAUUUUAAUAUAUGCAACUCCAAGCUCCUGUAUUUGGCAUCGAAUUGCAUUGAUGAUCAAUGCUCUUUUAAAAUCUGGAAAACACCAGUUAAGUUAUUCAAUCAUCUCUCAACAUUUUGGCGAUUCUAUUAUUCCUUACUUAACAGUUAAUUCAGAACUAAAUCAAAAGUCCAACAAAUUGAGGUUUCCCAUGAUUUACAAAAGUAAAAUAAAGUACAUAAGACUAAGAAACAACUUUAGUAGCACAUUCACUAGAAGUCAGAAAAUUUUCUCAGAUUUAAUUUUGAAAGAGCCAAGACGUGAAAUCAAAUUUGCUUUUUCUGGUGGACGACUUAUAUCAUCAAAUAAUCUACGUCGAGAUAAUUUACGAGCUAAUUAUCAAAUACUAAGGAACGAUUGUCCAGCUUCUUAUGCUCUUAUUGCGUUAAAUCGGCUUACUAUUCCAAAAUUCAAGAGAAAAUUUUUUUUUGAUUCUUACAAUUUAUCAAGUAUCAUAUUUUGAAAUAUUUAAUAAUCACUAGUAUUUCAUUAUGUACUCUUAGGAAUGUUACGAAAUCAAAUUAAAAAAAAUUGUUUUUACGACAAGUACUGUCUUGAAAAAAGUACUGUCUUGCAGAAAAUAUGUAAAAUAAAUAUAUUUUGCC